AUGUCUAGUCGAUCCUCUGGUUAUAAUGUUCAUGAGGAUGUGUUUUUGUGUCAAGUUUAUAUGGAAAUAUCUCAAGAUGUAAUUACGGGUAUGUACCAAUCUUCAGAUACUUUUUGGUCUCGAGUGUGGAGCAAAUACAACAAAGAAAAAAAUAACGGUUGGGAGGAGCGUACCCAACGCUCGGUUCAAGCUCGAAUUCAAACUAUUGAAAAAGAAGUUCGAAAAUUGAAUUGGUGCAUCAAACAAAUUGAGAAUAUGAAUCCAAGUCGAGCAUCGAAUGAAGAUAUUUUGCAGCGAGCGAAAAUGCUAUUAACACAAGACCCGCUAUUUAUAAAAGGUUUCAAAUUUGAUCAUGCGUGGCAUACUAUAAAGGGAAAAGAUAGUCCAAGACAAGUUCAUCGAUUACCACGUUUCAACAAUAUUUCAUCCGAGUCCGAAUAUUCUCCUUCUGAAUCUCAAAUACCGAAAUCUCCCGAGGAGUCACCAUUUUCUGAUAAUUUAGAAGAUCAUAACAUUGGUGGUUCUUCACGGCCCAUUGGAGUCAAAAAAAGCUAA